AUGAGCGCUAGUGUGGGCUACCGCCGCCGCGACGCCAACGCUUCAGAUGCGAUAGCAGCCAUUCUGCAUCCAGACGAAGGCUUUCGCGAAAAGCAACAACGAAAGGGGGUGGUACCGAAAAAUUUCGAACGCGAGAACAAGCUGCGCGUAAAAAGAAUGCAAGCAGAUAAUCGUGAGCGUCAGAAGCUGGAGGAAGCACGACAGCAGCAAGAGUUUAAAUUGACCAGAUUCAAAAAUGUACUUCCGCGAGUAUUUCAAGUAAAUGAGUCAUCAAAUAGAGAGCAGAUCAAAAGGCACGAGUAUUUGCGUCGUAGUAGACUCCCGUUAUCUUCAAUGUAUUCGUCAUCUUCUACACCUCAGAGUGAGACCAGCACGCUUUCAUCUUCUCCACCUUCCACUACAAACUGUGGUUGCAAACGCCAUAUUCACCGCAAAGCACCUGUUCCAUCACUACAGGAGCUGGAACGAAGAGAGAAAUAUACUUUUAAAAAGAAAAAUAAGGAGCAAAUAGACUUUGUCAAUGCGAACGCCUGGGAGGUGAUUAGAAAACCACCUGUCGAACACAAUCAAAAGCAGGUUUCGCGUCCUGUGAAUCCUAAUUUUGGUCGCAUACCGCGGUACUUGAUGGAGCGUAAGGAACAAUGGGCACGAGAGGAGGAAGAACGGCGGAAGAAUGCACCGGAUCCAGAUUGUCCUCCUGGUAUGAUACUUCUUGAUGAAGAUGAGCGUGUACAUACAUUAGAUGUGCUGCGAAUAUCGCUGGCGGAAGCUCAGCGACGUAUCAAUACGCUACCACUUCGGAUUGAGACACUGAGUCAGAUUCGACGAAAGAACGAUCUUGAAGCAAAAGUGCGAGAAAUUGAAGGUGCAAUCAAGGUUUUUGAUCGCCCAAAAGUGUAUGUUGCCGCCCCCCUCGUAGGAAAACAUCAUAAUCGCACAGCGAGUAUUGCUGCAUGA